AUGCCAAACUCUUCCCAGCUUUCAUAUUUCACCUUUGGUGGCUACUUUGACAUUGGCCCGUUGAAGUACUUGCUCUUCUCCGUCCUGUUGUGCCUGUACAUGCUGAUCAUUUGUGCUAACGUGUUGCUGGUGGUGGUGAUCUGUAUGAACCGGAGCCUCCGGGAGCCCAUGUACAUCUUUCUGUGCAGCCUGCUCAUUAACGAGCUGUACGGCAGCACCGGCUUGUUCCCUUCUCUUCUGCAGCAGAUCCUCUCUGACAUCCACACCAUCUCUGCCUCUUUCUGCUACCUGCAGAUCUUCUGCUUGUACACCUACGUGAACGUGCAGUUUUACAACCUGGCCGUCAUGUCCUAUGACCGCUACCUGGCCAUCUGUUUCCCUCUGCAGUAUAACUCACGCAUGACCUCUGUUAAGGUGGCCGUCCUGAUCACUCUGAUCUGGAUCAUUCCUGUCCUUGUGAUUGUCGUCAUGAUUUCCCUGAAUGCUUCCCUGCAGCUGUGUGGGAACGUCAUCGACACGCUCUACUGUAAUAACUACUCUGUGGUCAAACUGGCGUGCUACGACACCACGGUCAACAACAUUUAUGGGCUCAUUUACACCUUUGUUGUGCUGUUUGGGCUGACCAUACUGAUCCUGUACACCUACAUUAAGAUCCUGAAAGUCUGCUUUUCUGGAUCCAAACAGACCAGGCAGAAGGCUGUGAGCACCUGCACGCCUCACCUGGCCUCGCUGCUCAACUUCUCCUGCGGCUGUUUCCUAGAGAUCGCUCAGAGCAGGCUGGAUAUCAGCAGCGCUCCCAUCAUGCUGCGCAGUUUUCUCUCUCUGUAUUUCCUCAUAUGCCAGCCGCUCUACAACCCUCUGCUGUACGGGCUGAAGCUGACGAAGAUAUCCAUGAUCUGUAAAAGCCUCCUCAGUGGGAGAAUCUAG